UAUAGCCUCAAAGAACAGCAGGAGCCCUUCUCUCAGCACUCGAUCGGAAAACAGAAGAAUAUUGACUUUCAAGGUGAUAACAGACUUCUGCCAAUAGAUAAGCUUUUGCUUUUUUUGUCCUCUUUUUGUUAGAAUGGACACAGCAAGUCUAGCCAGAACGCCGUCCUAUUCAAGGACGAGGAGAAACUGUUGACCCUAAUGGCUUCAAGAGGAUUGGAUUGUUGGGUAUUGCGGGAGUUUUUAUGAAUGCAUAGGAGCUUACUUCCCGUACACUCUCCUAAGGCACACUCCUGACUGAAGGUUUCUACCUAUAUCUCACUGCAGAUUGAAGGAGCUCACUCAACAUCAACAUUAAGGACUUCUCUCCAACUCAGAUAGGAUACAGGAGCACAGAUAGCUAUCCUACUGGUCAACAGACAAGACAGGGUGUUGAAAAAGGUGGUCAGGCACUCUCCCAAGAGUGUAUCAUCAAUUUAGCUGACACUAUGGAGGUGAGCUUGGCAAAGGCUCUAUCUUUGGUGGCCAUCUUUGCAGUGCUCCUGCAGUUUUGUCCAGAGAGCCUCAGUUUGGAGCUCAGCCCCAGCGAGAAGGAGGUCACACUGAGCACCAACUCCUCCUUCACAGUGGUCUGUUCUGGUUGGAGCAAGGUGACCUGGAAGUCUGCCCAUGACCCCAGCCUGGAGGGAGUGUCUGUGGAGAACAGGGGAACCACCAGUGUGCUGGUCCUCCACAACGUCACCUGGAGACACUCUGGGAACUACGUCUGUGAGGAGUCCUCGACAGAGGAGACCAAGGACAUUUCAGUGUUUGUACCGGACCCGGAGGAAUGGUUUGUUCCCCUGGGGCCAGGAGUAGUAAUGAAGGAGGGAGAGGAAGGUACCAUUCCCUGCGUGGUGUCUGACCCCGGCGUUAACAUGACCCUGUAUGAGCGGGCCAGCCAGGCCCCUGUGGAAGGAACAUAUCAUCCCAGUAAAGGGUUCACCGCCGUCCUGAAAGACAGCUCCUACAUCUGCCGAGGUGCCAUGAACGGAGAGGAGAAGGCAUCCCAGGUGUAUUAUGUCCACAGCACUGUGGUACCCAAGUCCAUGAACACCUUUAUGACUCUCUCAAAGACGGUGCUGAAACAAGGCGAGGCCUUGAUGGUUAAUUGUACUGUAGAAAAAGUAGCGAUAGUUUACUUCAGAUGGGAGUUUCCUCGUAAAGAGAUAAUUGAGCCAUUGACAGACUUUCUAUCUGGGAACCGGGAGCUCAGAAUCCGCUCCUUCUUGAACAUCUCCAGUGCUACUCUGGAGGACUCUGGCCAGUACAUCUGCCGGGUACAGGACACCAUGUCAGGACAGUCAGCCAUGGUUCAUCUCACUGGCACUGUUCUGGAACGGGGCUUUGUGGACUUGGAACCUUCCGUCAGCACCAAUGUUUCAGCGAUGCAGUACGAGAGCAUUGAGCUCACAGUGCAGAUCGAAGCGUAUCCCAAACCUCAGGUGCUAUGGACCAGAGACAACACCACCCUCGCUGGGGACACGGUAUCCAUAGACACCAAACAGGUGCAUAAGACCAGUUACCUCAGUACUCUGUCCUUGGUAAGGGUCAGGAUGGAACAGAUGGGUCUCUACACCGUCCAGGUGGCCAAUGAAGAUGACGUCAAAGAGAUAACCUUUAACCUGCAGGUCAAGGCUCCCUCGAAGAUAAUAGAUCUGUCUGACCAGCACAUGGUCCAGGGCCACGGUGUGCUCUGUGUCACAGAGGGGGUCCCCACGCCCACCAUUCACUGGUACAGCUGUGAAGGCAUGGGAACAUGCAGCAGUAAGACCACAGCAUGGAAGCCUCUUCUGGCUGAUCCAGACAACGUCAGCAUCCAGGUGAACGUGAGCUACAUUGAGACCUCAGGAGUCUACCAGGUCCACAGCCUGUUGACCUUUCAGACCAUGGAGAGUGUUAUGUCAGUACGCUGUGAGGCCCGCAACGACAGAGGUCGCAGGGCCUGGGAUAUCAAACUCGUCUCCAACUCUCUGUUCUCCCAGGUGGCUGUGCUGGCUGCAGUGUUAGCCCUGGUGGUCAUUACCGUCAUCUUCCUCAUCAUCCUCAUCGCCCUCUGGAGAAAGAAGCCCCGCUAUGAGAUUCGAUGGAAGGUGAUGGAGUCAGUGAGCUCAGACGGCCAUGAGUGCACCUACAUCGACCCUAUGCACCUGCCCUAUGACUGUGAGUGGGAGGUGCCCCGAGACAGCCUGGUCCUGGGUCACACUCUAGGACCUGGAGCGUUCGGGAGGGUCAUGGAGGCCACAGUAUAUGGACUUGGUCACACCCAGUCCACCCCCAAAGUGGCUGUGAAGAUGCUCAAGUCCACAGCGAGAAGCAGUGAGACUCAGGCUCUGAUAUCUGAGCUGAGAAUAAUGAGUCACCUUGGGCCCCAUGUGAACAUCGUCAACCUACUGGGGGCCUGUACCAAACGAGGACCUAUUUACCUAAUAACUGAGUACUGUCGCUAUGGCAACUUGGCUGACUACCUCCACCACAACAAGCACACCUUCCUGCAGUCCUACGCAGAUAGAAACCACAGGGAUGCUGACAUGUGCAGCAACAGCACAGAGAGUGCAGUCCAAAUCCCGUUUGGCAGAGAGAGCGAUGGGGGUUACAUGGACAUGACCAAGGAGGAUUCUUUAAAUGUUGUCCCCAUGCAAGAGCUGAGCGAUAACAUCAAGUAUGCAGACAUUGAGCCGUCAGUCUAUGAGACAACCUACCAUCAGGACAGCAACCAAGGACAAGGUAAGCAGACGUGGCGACGUCUAUCAAUGACUCCCUCUGUUCUGAGCUACACCGAUCUAGUGGGGUUCAGUUACCAGGUGGCUAAGGGCAUGGACUUCCUGUCAUCCAAGAACUGUGUUCACCAUGACCUGGCUGCCAGAAACGUUCUCAUCUGUUAGGGAAAGCUGGUUAAGAUCUGUGACUUUGGCCUGGCCCGUGACCUCAUGAAUGACUCCAACUACAUAGACAAAGGCAGUACAUUCCUGCCACUGAAGUGGAUGGCUCCAGAGAGUAUCUUCCAGAACAUCUACACAACCUUGAGCGAUGUUUGGUCUUUUGGCAUUCUGCUUUGGGAGAUCUUUACUCUGGGAGGAACACCCUAUCCUGAUAUUCCCAUGAAUCAACAGUUUUACACUGCAUUGAAGACAGGCUAUAGGAUGGCCAAACCCGCUCAUGCUACAGACGAGAUCUAUGAUGUCAUGUGCAAGUGUUGGGAUGAGAAAUUGGAGAAGAGGCCACAGUUCUCCUCUCUGGUUCAUUCGAUGGGAAACCUGCUGUCUAAGGCUUAUAGAAAGAAAUACACCCAGGUGAAUGAGAGCUUUCUGAAGAGCGACCACCCAGCUAUAGUCAAGACCAAACCUAGACCAGCAGGGAACAUGGCUGUGUCUCCAGAGGACGUCUCCUUGGUCUCCCCGGGGGAUCUAGCAGGGCAGGAGACAGGGGAGACCUGGGAGGAGGCUGGCCCCUCCCAGACUGAAUACAUCAUCGACGUCCCAGAUAUCCAUGUAGCCAUAGAGGCAGAAGCAGGAGGUGGUGAGGUGCUGGACACCGCCACACAGAGUACAUCAAGCCCUCCUACCACGACUGACCAGAAUGAUACUGAUACAGCCUCCCUAGAGCCAGAAACCUCCCUAGAAGAGCCAGUAGCCAGCACAGAGGAAGAGGUAUCUGCCCCAACACAAGAAGACGAGCUCCCCCAGUCUCCAUGCACCCCUGAAGUGGAGGAGAGUUUCCUGUAGCCUCAUUAGGGAGCUGAUGUUAAAGGUGUCUACUGUACAGGACAAUGUAUAUUAGUUAAACACUCUAAACACAUUAUCUUACUAUUUUUCUCAUUAUUAUUUGUGUAUAUUGGUGAUAUAUAUCUUUGAGGUACUCUUUCCCUUUUAAUUUUAUGAUUUACAAAAAACAGCGUCAGCAGUUUGACGAAUGCCAAUGGAUAUGGUCAUAUUAUAUACAAUUUGUAUCUAAUUGAAGUUGCCAAACUGUAAAGAUAAGUAUAUUUGAAGAGAGAAUACAUAAUUUAUUUAGAAUGUACAGAUGUAGGAUCUUAAUUUGAUCACCCUGUUGCAGGAUAACUUGUAGUGUAUUUGAGGUUUAAAAGGGCUUCUGACAUUUUUUAUUUCCACUUCGAAAUUUCAGACUUGAUUUUCCCAUACAAAAAAUUUAUCAACCCUUACAAAAAUGUCCAUUAAUUAUAAUCCACAU